CGGUUGUUGCUUCCUGUGAGUCGUCGCUAGUUGUUGUCGGUGUGAGCAGUAGCUGUGAAGAUGAACACGGUUUUAUCCAGAGCCAACUCGUUGUUCGCCUUCUCUCUGAGCGUCAUGGCCGCUCUGACCUUCGGCUGUUUCGUCACCACGGCCUUCAAAGACAGAAGAGUUCCGGUGGACAUCCACCUGUCCAAAGUUAUGCUGAAGAAUGUGGAUGACUUCACUGGACCCAGAGAAAGAAGUGAUCUGGGUUUUAUCACCUUCGACAUCUCGGCUGAUUUAGAGCCGAUUUUCGACUGGAACGUUAAGCAGCUGUUUCUGUACCUGUCUGCUGAAUAUGCCACGAAGAGCAACUCUCUGAACCAGGUGGUGCUGUGGGACAAGAUUGUUCUUCGAGGUGAAAACACCAUACUGAACUUCAGAGACAUGAAGUCCAAAUACUUUUUCUUUGAUGAUGGAAAUGGACUCAGAGCCAAUAAGAACAUCACUCUGACUUUGUCCUGGAACGUUGUUCCCAAUGCUGGAAUUCUUCCUCUGGUAGCUGGAAGUGGACACGUCAGUCUGCCAUUUCCUGAAACCUACGAAACCACCAAGAGCUAUUAGACAAAGAUCCAGUUUACUGAGACACCCCCACAGCUCAUCAUUUGUUGAUUUGUAAUAAAGAAG